GCCUCCUCGUCCAGCGAAUCGCCGCAAUGGAGCCGUCACUACGGAUCCGAAAUCACUCACGCUAGCCCAACUCAACGCUCUGCCAAAGAAUUCGUUGAUUCUUUUAGCUUCUGCACGAAAUCUCGUGACCACGGGUACGAGGGCUCGCUUGGCCCAACGCAUCUUUGAACACGAACAUGCAAACAAUCACGCACCUCAGGCCGUCGCUCCUCAAUUGCCAGCCUCAUCCGAAAAUCCUGGCUUUUCCGAGGAUCUUGAGCGCCCUUCUCGUUCUACUAGUCGCCAACAACCUUCCUCAACUCCGGGCUCUCAAUUCUAGCCAGACCAACUUAUCCAGCUUCGCGAGUUAAUAGCUGAAACAGUUGGCUCCCAACGUUCUGGACCAGGUGAAGCUCCUGGUUUACUAGCAGACGUGCCUCUUCUGUCUCCGGCUAGCCCUCUGAACAUCGCGGCGACCACCGCAACGGAACAGAACCUGAACCAGGUGAACGGUGUAAACCUUCCCAAUGUCAUCCAAGAUGGCGGCCUUUCUCUACGCCAGUUAGUGCCCAGUCUUCCACAGGCUUCCCAGGGUCCGGCUCAACAAAUUGUCACCAACCAAGCCUAUGAACACGAUCUUGCUCUGCCACCGCUCCCGGAGAAACUCCGCUCGAAGACAUCCAAACGUGAGUACAUUGACUUCAAUGAACUUCUCUCAGAUAACAUGUACCCACACCCUUCGUUCGCCUCCUCCCAGAACAACUUCACCCUGACUGUUGACCCCCAGGACGCCACUACCCUUGCCUUUGUACCUUCCCAGCGCAAGAAACGCCGCAUCGAUGGCCUUUCCUCCUGGCUCGAAGCUUGGAAUGUCUUCCUGGGCUCCACCAUAUCUAUCUACCCAUCUCUCGCCCCAGACCUCCUCGCAUACCAGGCCCAGAUUUGCAAGUUUAGCAGGAAGUUUAAAGCAUCAGCCUGGCUUAUGUACGACACAGCCUUUCGCUAUAUGGCUGCUUCACAUGCCGCCAUGUCAUGGGGUAAAGUAAAUGAGCAGCUCUAUAAUGAUAUUCUGAAGGAAGAGACCCUGCCCUACUGCGUCCAUUGCCACACCUAUGGUCAUCGCACCUUGGGUUGUCCCACUCGAUCAAAGCCUGUCCAGCCUUUUCGUCCCUUCUCUAAUGAGCAGCUCUAUAAUGAUAUUCUGAAGGAAGAGACCCUGCCCUACUGCGUCCAUUGCCACACCUAUGGUCAUCGCACCUUGGGUUGUCCCACUCGAUCAAAGCCUGUCCAGCCUUUUCGUCCCUUCUCAUCUUUCACAACCACUCCCUCACCCGACACCUUUGGUGCAGCCUCCAACACUCCCCUUCCAUCCCGCAACGAGCACCCCCAGCAAGCAGCCAUCUGUCGCGACUUCAACCGUCGGGCCUGCCGCCGCCCCAACUGCCACUUCAAGCAUAUCUGCAACAAACCAGACUGCAGUGGAAACCACCCUGGCUCUCAGUGCCCUAAAGUACCCCAAUUGUAA